AUAUGUUAUACAACAAUUUCCGCCAUAUCUCUCAAAAAUGCAUUAAAUAAAUCUGAUUUAUUUAUGCCACGCCACCAUGUUUCCAUGAGAUAUCUGCUAUAAUAUAUAUCAUUGUGUUAUACGUAUUACGUUAAAUUUAUUAUACAUGAGACAUAACUUUUAAUAAUUUUACCUUGGAAGGAGAUCAGGACUUGUACCACACAUAUUUUUAACGACUUUUAAGCGUAAUGGUCUCUAUAAACUUUCGAUUCGUUGAGUGUGCGCUUGUGUAAGUGGAUCAACAACAUUUUCGCUAUGGUUAACUAUAUUAUGCGUAUAACCAUAUUGGGCGAUCCCAUUAUACGCUGGCCGCCCAUCAGAGUGUAUAAUAGUAGGAUGAAAAAGCCGGUUCUAGGUCCACACCAUGCACACCAUGCACACCAUUGCACACCAUGCACACCCCGGCGCACCAUGCACACCCCUGCACACCAUGCACACCCUGCUCACCCCUGCACACCAUGCACACCCCUGCACAACAUGCACACCCCGGCAGACCAUGCACACCUCAGCCUACGCACCCGGCUCACUCUCCACACACCUUCAUAGCGCACCAUAGCCCGGCGCACACCAUAUCCAUUUACACUUGUUAACAUAAAUUAAUUUAAUUUAUUAAUUUAUUUUUAUCAUAUGGCGCACCAUGCACACCAUGGCGCACCACGGCACACCAUUUUAAUUUAUACAAAUUAUUUUAUUUUAAUAAGUUAUCUUAUCAUAUUAUGAUAACCAAUGGUAAAAUGUUCAUAAAUUAUUUUAACCUGUAUUAAACGUUUUGGCAAAUUAUUUACCACAUGAAAAUAUUAUAACAAAGGUAUCUCAGGAGGUAUCUUCGAAAGUAAAAUAUUUGUUCAGAAUUAUAAUAACCACAUGAUUACAUUAUGUAACGUCUUUGCGGAGUCAGGAAAAAAAAACAUUUUUCACCUGCCGAAUUUACAUUUGCUAUUGUUAUUUAAAAAAAAAAAAAAAAUAUUCACAUUGCGAUAAUACAGGUGACUGGAUGCAUGGCGUAGGCGAUCAAAUUUCUACAAUACUUAUAAAAUCGACCCUCAGUGAUUAUUUCCAAUUGUCAUUUUGAAGUCGCCCCACAAUAAAACAUAUCAUAUAUUGAAAGGGCUCUUUAUUUAAAAUUUAGGCGCCAUGAACAUUUUACCACGCUGUCAAAGUGGUUCUUCGGCAGGUAUUUUUAAAAGAUUUGCAUAUAAUUUACGAGUCUGGGUGCAAGGCGUCGUAAUAAUUUUACCACGCUAUCAAAGUGACCCGUUGUUAUUUUAAAAGAAACAGUUUUAACAAUGCAGACGUAUGGGUACAUGACAACGGGGUGCAUGUUGUCGGGGGUACAUUUUUUGUGCAUUUUAUGAAAAGGUGAAGAAGCAUUCGUAUUUUAUUUUAUCAGUCUGAUUUUUACCACAAUACUGCUAUAAGGUCUCCGAGACAUUAUUUCAAUUUUUAUAAUAUUCAAAGUGAGAAAUAUUCGUCCAGUAAAAGUAAGUAUUUUAUUGUGUUUUAUUUCUCAUUUCGUAUUUAAACAUUAAUUUAUUUCAGAUGUCCAAUGAUAAUUCUUUUCCGAUUUUUUCCCCAAACAUAGAAAUCUCGCCUGUACCAGAUUAUGCGUAUGAGGUACAGCACGAUAAUCAACAGGGUGAAAUGAUUAAUAUGUUUCAUUUUGAGACUCAAUCCGGGGAUAGCGGUUAUAACACGCUACGAUAUGGGGUUUUCUCCCCGUUGUCUCAUUUGGAAAUAGAACCGCAAUACGUCAUCGGACUUCAUGAUGAUGAUGAGCCGUUGCCAGUCAUUCUAUCACCUGAUUUGGCAGAGUUUUUUUUACAACCUGGUGGCGAACAUAGCUCGACACCAGAACAGAAUAUUUUGCCACAAGAUUUUCUGUCGCCGGAUAUGUUUGGGCCGUCUCAACAAUAUAAUAUUUCAAUCACGGCUCCGGGACAGAAUAGCGAGUCACGUGUUUGCCCACAACCGAUGAGAAAUAAUCACUCUAUCCACCCCGAAGUUGGAAAAGAACAAACGGACGAUUUUUGGUUUAAUGAUGGAAAUGAAGAUUUGUUCGUUGAAGCCGACGAUGAUUUAAACCCCCCACAAGAUAACGUUGCCCCAUCAAACCCUAACGAAUAUAUACAGAUUGCAGAUCGAAUUUUUGUCCCGAAUGAACAAGCAGACCCCUCAAAUCAAGGUGUGAAAAAUAGGCCUGAAAAUCAGGAAGCCGGUAACAAACCGAAAAAAAUCAAGUUAUCGGCCAACUCGAACGAUUUGUGGGGCGAUGAUGAAAAUGAUCAGAUGUUGGCAAAUGUCUUAGAUGCAGCUGAGAAAGGCAUUCGUGGAGGAUUGGUUCAAGCUAGCAAAAGAUAUGCUAAAGCCAACAAUAAAAAAAUGCUUGAAUUUGAUUCUUCAAAACCUAAAUCGUCGAUUAUAUAUCAAGAUGCUAAUAAUUUGUACGGUUGGGCUAUGAGCCAAUAUAUGCCCUACGGAGGGUUUAAAUGGAUUGACCCGUCGUUGGAAAGACUUGAUGAGCUUACUAAUACUUCGGAUUUAGGGCGAGUAUACGAAGUUGAUAUAGCUUAUCCAAAGGAUCUCCACGACAAACACAAUGAUUUGCCGUUUCUUCCAGAAAACUUGAUUCCAACAGGUUCUGUCGAAUAUAAAUUGAUGGCAACAUUGGAUCAUAAAAAAGUUAUUCACUAUAAAAAUUUGAAGCAAGCUAUCGCCAACGGGUUGAUUGUAGAAAAGGUUCAUAGGGUAAUCGAAUUUCGACAAUCACCAUGGCUUGCAAAUUAUAUUGAAUUAAAUACCGAAAUGAGGAAACGAGCAACCAACGAAUUUGAAAAGGACUUCUAUAAGCUUAUGAAUAAUUCCAUUUUCGGUAAAACAAUGGAGUCAAUGCGUAAGCGAAUGAAAAUGGAAUUAUCUUCAUGCCCACGGAGGUUCAAAAAACUUUUCAAGAAGUUGGUUUACAAAGACUGCCAUGCAUAUGGCGAUAAUUUAAUGGCAGUCACAUUACAUAAUAAAAUUAUUAAUUUUUUUAAACCAAUGUAUAUAGGCUUUGCUGUAUUGGAAACUAGUAAGACUCUCAUGUACGAUUAUCAUUACAAUACUAUGAAAAGACAUUUUAAUGAUAUAGAGCUAAUGUACACGGACACAGACUCUCUAAUAUACCAUGUUUCAAUUGAAGAUUUCUACGAAGAUCUUAAGAACAAACCGGGUCUAUUAGAGUGUAUGGAUACAUCGAGUCUACCUCAAGACCAUCCAUGCUAUACUUCUGCACGGAAAAAGGUACUUGGGCUAUUCUCCGAUGAAACCGAUGGGCGUCUUAUUAGCGAGUUCUGUGCAUUGAAGGCAAAGUCAUACGCUUAUAUUAUAGCUGGAGAUGAGAUAAUCAAGGCUAAAGGGGUUCGAGGACAUGUGGUUAAAAAUCAUAUGUCUUUUGAUGACCAUAAAGUGUGCCUAUUUUCUACUGAUGAGGGUGAUCACGACCCCUACAGAGAAAAUGUAUCUAUUCGAUCAUAUAACCAUGAAAUAAAAACAAUAAGGACUAGAAAGCUGGCUUUGAACAGAUUUGAUGAUAAAAGAGUUGUGUUAAAUGAUCGAAUACAUACUUUAGCACAUGGUCAUUUCAGGAAUAAAAUUGUAAAAUAAUUGCAUGUUUAUUUUACGUAUUUGUAAAUAAUUUAAAAUGUAUUAUAUAUUUUGUAAAAUAAUUCAAUAUGUAUUAUAUAUUUUUGUAAAAUAAUUGCAUGUUUAUUAUAUUAUACUUGUAAAUAAUACAAUAUGUAUUUUAUAUUUAGAAAAAAUAUUUAUGUUAUUAUAUUUAUUUAUGAAUUACGCUUAUAAAUGAUUGUA